AUGGAAGCGGGUGGGCCGGGACAGAGGCAAAGUGGGAUUCCAACUUCCAACGGCGCUGAGCAGUACGACCAACGACCAAAGGAACGCAUCGAGACAUCAUAUAGGGACGGACCGACCAUGGCGACCGCGCCGCUAGUUAGCACAAACACUCCCUACCAACACCAACACCACAACUCGUUCAGCUCCAGCUAUCAUUACUCGGCCCCUACCACCGGCAUGCCCGGCAUGAUCUCGCCGGUCGAGCCCCGGAGGCCCUCGGAGGGGUCUGAGCAAGGCCAUUCUCACCGGCAAUCCUUGCCUUCCAUCUCGGAAGUAUUCUCGGAGAGGAAAUCGCUCGGGUACGCUCCGCCGCCGCCAUCCGCCUCGAUACACCAAGCCCCCGGCCUGCCAUCGCCUUUCACAUCGGCCCCGCCACCGAGGCCGUUUUCAGACAUGACGAGCACAGAUAAGAACCCGUCGCCUAGGGCGUUACACCCGACGUCAACGUUUCCGCGCUCCGAUACCCUCCCCGCGUUUUCCGAUCCCGGCCGACACGGGCUAGCGAGUCGGCCUGUGCCACCUCCGCUGAACACCUUCCCCGGACAGCAACCGUCCCCUCCGGUCAAGCUGGAGCAACUCGAAGCGGAGCAAAGGCAGGCUGAAACGCAAUCCCUCAGCGCCGGCCAUCGGCCGCCGCCGCCGCCACACCUCCCGGGUUUGUAUGCGGAGACAGGACGGCUUCCACCCGGGCAAUUGCCCUUGUCGGCAUCGGCAUAUCCCAUCUCCCCAAGGCAUUCCGGCCCCCCGCUUCCGUCGCCGUAUGACGCACAGCGGCCACCUGCCUACGGGGAGGAAGCCGAUUACGCGCACCACCGCCCGUCUGAUUACAAGGCGAACUUCGACAAGCACUUUCAAGUAAACGGGUAUCAGGAUGCCCUGCAAGCAAUAAUGCGGUCUUGCCGCACAGGCUACAAUUUUGCCGAGGCGUACGUGGCCGCAGCGCAGGAACAGCAGGGUUCGCAGCCAAUUCCGUCGAGGAUGCCCACAGAAAAUGAAGUAGGCGAGCUUCUGAACAACCUCGUUUUCGCUCUCAAAAAGCUUGAAGACGUACGGGACAUGGUCCAGCAGAAUCGCAUUCAGAACGAGCGCACACGAGACAGCAGCGGCCGCAGCCCAGACGACGAGGACGUUUCAAUGUACGGCGACGGCAUGAAGCCGCCGUAUGCGAUGCAUGAGGUCAAGAAACGGCGCGGUCGCGCCGCCCCUCCCGGCCGGUGCCACAGCUCUCGACCAAAGAUCGCUACGGCCAAAACCCACGGAUGA